AUGGCCGCAACUUCCUCGCAACCCCAAACAUCAUCACCACAGCAAAUGCACUAUAUCCAAGCAGCCGACCUCCAAGGAUGGGUCAUCCAGGUGCUGAUCGCCAACAAGACACCACCAGAUCAUGCCGCCACAGUAGCCAAAUGUCUGGUGGCUGCUGACCUCCGCGGCGUAGACACUCACGGCGCCAAUCGAGUCCCCUCCUACAUGGAGCGCAUUCGACAAAACGCCCUCGAUCCAACAGCCUCACCCACUCUGCGCCAGAUCACCCCUGUCGUCGCUCAAGUUGACGCCCGCAAUGGGUUUGGCUUUGUUGCGGCGCACGCAGGCAUGGCGCGCGCCAUUGAAAUGGCCCAGACAUUCGGUAUUGGAAUGGUCUCUGUCAAGCACUCGAAUCAUUUCGGAAUGUCAGCGUGGCUGGUCAAACAGGCUCUUGAGGCGAACAUGAUGAGCUUGGUGUUUACGAAUUCAUCGCCGGCACUGCCGGUCUGGGGUGGGAAGGAGAAAUUGAUGGGUGUUUCGCCGAUAGCGUGCGGCGCGCCAGGCGGGGAGUCGGCGAAACCGUUCAUUCUGGAUAUGGCGCCGUCGAUCGCAGCCCGAGGAAAGAUCUACAAGGCGCUGAGACGGGGGGAGCGCAUUCCGAUGGACUGGGCCCUGGAUAAGGAUGGGAAUCGGACGGAUGAUCCCGAAUCGGCUCUUGGUGGUGUCAUGUUGCCCAUGGGAGGGCCCAAGGGCUCUGCGCUGUCGAUCAUGAUGGAUGUCUUUUCGGGAGUCUUCUCGGGGGCGGCGUUCGCGGGCCAUGUCACGGGUCCGUAUGAUCCUUCCAGACCGUCGGAUGUCGGUCAUUUCUUGGUGGCUAUCAAGCCGGAUCUGUUCAUGACCAUGCGGGAGUUUGGAGAGAGGAUGGCCUAUCUGUACAAGAGGGUGGUGGAGUCGGAAAAGAUGGCAGGGGUAGAUCGUAUCUACUUCCCGGGCGAGAUUGAGAUCUUGACAGAGCAGAACCGAUCGGUGGAGGGCAUUCCUUUCGCAGAGGCUGAAGUCGCGAGUCUGAACAAGGAGGCGCAGAGGGUUGGUGUUGCGCCGUUGAAAGUAAGUCGAGUUGGUGAAUGA